AUGAACGUGUUCACGUAUCUCCUUAGGCCCGGUAUCGCCGCCCAUUUACAACCUGGACUUCGAUUCGAUCGAGUACAAGAGACGAGCUAUCAAGAACAAAAUCUUCGCUAUUGGUCAUCUCUCCCGAGUCUUCCAGGUUUGCGAGAAGAGUCAGAGAGUGUUACCGAGUUGAAGACGGCAUCUAAAAGUAGACUGCCUGCCGGUACCUUGAUGCUCGGUGCCGAGGGAAUCAAGAAUGCCAUCAGCACGUUUGAAGAUGCACGCAAGGUCGACAUGCAGAACGAAAGGUUCAUAUAA